AUGAGGGAGAUUGUGCUCACCCAAACUGGACAGUGCGGGAACCAGAUAGGUGCAAAGUUCUGGGAGGUGAUCUCUGAUGAACAUGGCAUUGACCCUGCUGGCACCUACCACGGGGACAGUGACCUGCAGCUGGAACGCAUCAAUGUGUACUACAACGAGGCUAGUGGUGGCAGGUAUGUGGCCCGUGCUGUGCUCGUGGAUCUGGAGCCAGGCACCAUGGACUCUGUGCGCUCAGGGCCCUUCGGGAAGAUCUUCAGGCCAGACAACUUCAUCUUUGGUCAGUGUGGGGCCGGGAACAACUGGGCCAAGGGAUACUACACGGAAGGCGCGGAGCUGAUGGAGUCGGUGAUGGAUGUUGUGAGAAAAGAAGCUGAGAGCUGUGAUUGCCUGCAGGGUUUCCAGCUGACCCACUCCCUGGGUGGGGGGACUGGGUCUGGGAUGGGUACCCUUCUCACGGGCAAAAUUCGCGAGGAGUACCCAGACAGGAUUAUAAACACAUUCAGUGUCCUGCCCUCGCCCAAGGUGUCAGACACCGUGGUGGAGCCGUAUAAUGCCACCCUCUCCGUUCACCAGCUGAUAGAAAAUGCAGACGAGACGUUCUGCAUUGAUAAUGAAGCGCUCUAUAACAUCUGUUCCAGGACCUUAAAACUGACCACACCCACCUACGGUGACCUGAAUCACCUGGUGUCUGCUACCAUGAGUGGGGUCACCACGUGCCUGCGCUUCCCGGGCCAGCUGAAUGCGGACCUGCGGAAGCUGGCAGUGAACAUGGUUCCAUUUCCCCGACUGCACUUCUUCAUGCCCGGCUUUGCCCCGCUGACCAGUCGGGGCAGCCAGCAAUACCGGGCCCUGACCGUGGCUGAGCUCACUCAGCAGCUCUUCGAUGCUAAGAAUAUGAUGGCCGCCUGUGACCCCUGUCAUGGCCGCUACCUAACUGUGGCUGCCAUUUUCAGAGGUCGCAUGUCCAUGAGGGAGGUGGAUGAGCAAAUGUUCAACAUUCAGAAUAAGAACAGCAGCUACUUUGCUGAAUGGCUCCCUCACAACGUGAAAACAGCCGUCUGUGACAUCCCACCCCGGGGGCUAAAAAUGUCGGCCACCUUCAUUGGUAACAACACAGCGAUCCAAGAGCUCUUCAACCGCGUCUCUGUACAGUUUACAGCUAUGUUCAGGCGCAAGGCCUUCCUGCACUGGUACACGGGCGAGGGCAUGGAUGAGAUGGAGUUCACCGAGGCCGAGAGCAACGUUAAUGACCUGGUGUCAGAAUACCAGCAAUACCAAGACGCCACAGCUGAGGAGGAGGAGUUUGAGGAGUGUGCUGAGGAGGAGGAGGAGGUAGCCUAGAAGCUUCCUUUUCUAGGUAAAGGGCGAAGCAGUGUGGAUUCUUUAGUGUGUUCUGAUCGCCAUGGUCACUAUGUACGUCUUUGAGUCUUUUAUCUCCUCCUGCUGCAUUUUAAAGCAUUUUCAUAGUAAGUAGUCUGGCCUAAUAAAGCACUUUCAUAGCAUCUGGGUUCACCUCCAGCUUCUUACUAUAGGCCCUCUGGGUACUGCUUCCAGAUGGGCAUAGUGGUCCUGCAAGGCUGCAGCUGUCUUGGGCUUCUCACCUCCCAGGAGCAAGCAGUCCAGUGGCUCCUGGAGGGGGCGGCAUGGGCUGUGGACAUGGUAGCAGGCUUCAUGCAAACUUGGGGCUGGCCUGGGCCUUGGGCAGCUACUUCAUGUGAAACCCAUUUCUGAAGGCAAGCCUUGGCUUAUCCCAUGUACUGAAUUUCCGGGGGACCAGCUGGGCCUCUGUUUCUGAAACUUUAUAAGUGGUCAGUGACCCCAGUGGAUGAUGUCCCCAAUGUAUCAUCUCAGGGCAGGAAUGUGGUCGGACAGUUGGCCCUGAAGCAGCAAUGAAGUGUGGGCAAGUAGGGCCCCAGCCACCCCCUCACCAUAACGGUCUGGGUGUGUCUGUGUGGCCUUAUUCUCUUAAUGAGGUGGGCAUGGGGUAUCUGGCAGGGGCUACUGGGCAGGAAUUGAGCCCACCAUAUACUCACAUGCAGUGAACCCCCUAUGGAAGUGGAGCACAUCCUGAAGGCCAUAGAUGCAGUUGCUGACCUGUAUGCUUGGGGUAGUCUCUCUCCAAAGGCACAGGUGGGGUUUCUGAACAGGGCCUGGGAA